AUGAUCCACUUAAUAAUCUUCGCAGUUCUUCUCAAUACGUCGAAGAUUUUUGCUAAUGAAAAGUGUGCAAAGGUAGCUUAUAACAUAAUUGUUAGCAAUGGCAGCCAAGAGUCAAGAUCCCUCAUCAUAUGGUAUCCAGCCAAUGUUGGCACUCGCAGUAAAUACGAGAAAUGUUCAAAAGAAACUGGGAAACCUCUAGAACGUAAUUGCAUUAAUGAAUCGGGCAAAGCUAAGUGGCUUGAAAAUAAUAGAAGUGAUAAAUAUGUCGAUUGUAACAUGACUGUGCAUAAAUGCGAUGAUGAACCAUUUGAACAUAAUUAUCGAAAUGAAGAUAACAAGUUGAAGAAAUAUCAUACCAAAUGGCAAUCGGUUAGUAUAGGAGAAGUUGGUUAUCUUUCAAAACCUUGUUAUUUAAGUACGGGAAUGCUUUUAAUGCGAAAUUGUAAAUAUAACCCCACAAAUUAUAAAGCUGAAUGGGAGCUAUUGGAUGAGGAAAAAGAAAUAGAUUUUUGCUGGGAAGAAAAACUUUCUGAAUUGCAACAAGGCGAAAUUCUAAAGAAAUCUGAUAAAUCACAAGAUAAUCAAAGGCCAGUUACUCUGUUCACUUUAACUCAAGAUGUAACAGAAAAUAAAUUAUACAUAAACAAUCCAAGCGAUGCUACUAAACGUUCACCAGAACACGUUAAAGCUAUUAAUAAUAUUUUGAAAACAAUUUUGGCUAAAUGUGAAAACCCACAAUUAGUGCCAGAUAUUAUGAAUUUAACCAAUACUCUAAUGAAAACCAAAGCUGAUGUCAUUAGAGAGUCUAAUUGUGCUGGCGAGAUUUUUUCAACAAUCGAUUCAUAUCUCAAUAAUAUGGCUAAACUUUUAGUGCCCACAAAUAAAUGCGAAUCUAUUAAUAAUGGCAUCUAUAUGAAAACUGUUCCAAUGGCAAGUGUAUUUUUUAUAAAUCCAUUAUGUUCCAACAUCUCCGGUGUGGCCAUUUUUAAUUCGAACAAUUCUGCAGGAGUGCAACGUAUUUUUGAUCAGCAUUCGAAUAACUUUUAUCAUUUUAUUUACUUAAAUCAGUCGCUGGAACAACUUUUAAAGGAGCCUAAUCUAAAAAUAGCCACUUAUUUCCCUUUCGAUUUGUGGUAUAGUAUCGCAAAUACUACAGGUAAACUACCAAGGCCUUUGCCAUUUAUCUUCACCCAUACAAUGCAGAAGGAUAAAGUAAAACCCGAUUGUGGCUACUGGAACUUUAGCACUUGGAUUACAACUGGUGUAAAUACAUCGCAUAUAACUAAUAAGCAAAAUGAGCAGCUUCUACUUUGCAAUACUUCUCAUUUGACACCCUUCUCAGCCAUAUUUUUGGAUAGCUUAGAUGAUGUUGGAUUAGACUUGAUUUCUGCAUUAGGUUGUGGUCUAUCGUUGUUUGGUCUGGUCUGUAUAUGGCUGACAGCUGCAUGUUUUCCAAGAUGGCGAGAGGACUCGACAAAUAAAGUAUUGCUAAACCUUUGUUUUGUUCUUACUCUACUUAUGGUAUUAUUUUUGUUGAUAAAUAUGCCAGAGUUCAAAGACGCAGUACUUGAUAUGAAAAACUAUGUGAAUUGUAUGAUAGUGGGUGGAUUUUUGCAAUAUAUUGUUUUGGUGCUCUUCAUGUGGAUGCUUUUUAUAGCUUAUCUACAAUAUCAACGACUUGCUAAAAUUUUCAAAUCGGAAAUGCCAAGAAACUAUAUAGCAAAGUUUUUCCUAAUUGCCUGGGGUUUGCCGCUCAUACCCACUGGUUUAGUAGCCUACUAUCAACCGAAUGCCUACAGACCCAGCGCAAAAAGCAUGGAAGCUAAAUCAGCCAUUUGCUAUCCCUCAGGAUAUGGUUUCUAUUUGGGCGUUAUGCUACCAAUGGCCGUCAUAAUUAUUGCCAAUGUGAGCAUAUUUAUCCUAAUAAUUUGUAAAUUUCUUCUAUCUAAUAUGCAGUUUAAAAGUCAACGUAGUCGUCAUGACAUUUUAAGACAGAUAUAUGUUUCAAUAUUUUUAUUCUUUCUUUUGGGUAUAUCUUGGAUUUUUGGCAUGCUGGCACAUUUGGAAAGUAGUCCUGUCUUUUCAUAUAUUUUUUGUUUAACAUCAACCCUACAAGGUUUUGUCAUAUUUAUAUAUUUUAUUAUCAUAAAUGAAACAACACGACAGACAUGGUGGAAUUUAAUUUGCGGCAUUAAUAGUUCCCACUCAAAUAGUCGAAUGUAUUAA